UACGCAUGCGCAAACAGGGGGCUCGUUUCGGGAUCGCGCACGGUAUAGGAAACUUUCGUCACUAACAGGAACGCGCCUGGGGAACAACAUUCAUCGGGGAGACGUACUGAAAUCAACACGCAGAAAUGGCUCGUCUAACGGUACUACUGCUCUUUAUGGCUCUUGUGGUCUUAGCUGUGGGCAAACGAGGAGGAGGGAGUAAAGGUGGGUUUGGUUGGGGCAAAACUAGUAGUAACAAAGGUGGAUCCAGCACUGGAACUCAAGGUGGCAGCAGCAGCAGUAACAAAGGUACACCAUCAAAAACACACGAUACACAUUCAGCUCCAGUAAACUACCCUCGGCAACCUCAGGUACCAAACCGGAAUCCUGGAGGUGGAUACCCUGCUCAAGGUAGCUACCCAGGCCGAAAUCCAGCACAAGGUGGUUACCCAGCUCAGGGUGGGGUUCCAGCUCAAGGUGGUUAUCCUGCUCAGGGUGGUUAUCCAGCUCAAGGGAGAAAUCCAGCACAGGGUGGUUAUCCAGCUCAAGGUGGUUACCCAGCCCAAGGUGGUUAUCCAGCUCAAGGUAGCUACCCUGGCCGAAAUCCAGCACAGGGUGGUUACCCUGCUCAAGGUGGCUACCCAGCCCAAGGAGGUUACCCUGCUCAAGGUGGCUACCCAGCCCAAGGAGGUUACCCUGCUCAAGGUGGCUACCCAGCCCGAAAUCCAGCACAAGGUGGUUACCCAGCUCAAGGUGGCUACCCAGGGGGAGCAGGUUCUUACCCCAAUAGGUACCCUGGACAAGCAGGAGGAAACCCCUACCCAGCUGGAGGCUCUUAUCCAGGCUAUCCAGUCCGAGGAGCAGGAGGUUCCUAUCCUAACCAGUAUGGAGGGGGUGCAGUAAGACCAGGAGCAGGCACAGGUGCAGGUGCAGGUGCAUACCCUUACUGGAACCCCAAUAACAAAAUCAUGAGUCCAGGCUACGGUGGUAACUACGGUUCUUAUGGGCGUAACAAUUACGGUGCUGGUAGAUCACCCUUUGCCCAGUCCGUGCAGAAUAUGGGUAUGGGUCCUUCCAUGAACUCUAAGGGAUUCGGCAAGCAGGCACUUAUGGCCGCAGGGGUCGGAGCAGUUGCCGGCAUGGCUAUUGGCUACGGUAUUGGAAGUUUUCCCCGCCCUCGUUUUAAUUUCAACAACCCGCAGGAAGAAUAUUACUAUAAUAACUACAUGUACAAACGCUAUGGUCAAACACCCCCUAACGGCAAUGUGAAUCAGAACACCAACUCUCAAGGUGUCAGGCCAGACGGUUCUGGAUCAACUUCUGGGGGUCAAAGUAACAAUGACCCUCAUGACAUUUUCCAGAAUCCUCCACCUCAGUCUUAUGAUAAGUACAUGGACAACUGCAUGAAAAGGAAAGACUUGCUCCGAGAUAAGGGUAAUAGCAGAUCAAGGAGAUCCAUGGAUCUGCUUGAGCUUCAAGCUGCAGCUGGUGGUGAGGAGGCUACUGAUUCUGCUGUCGCCCAAGAAGAUCCCACAAGCACCAAUUUUACCCUUGAAAGAGCUGCAUCUGAAACCAGUACAAAUGGCCCCUUAUUAGAAACCCCCAAGCUGACUCAAACACCCGGUCAACCUCAGAAGCAAACCCAGGGUGUAGAAGAGGUACCUAAGGAUGUUGAUGAUACCGUUAGCAUUAUGGAGAUUGGCUAUCCUGCGUUAAUCGAGCAAAUGAAAGCACGACGCUGUGUCGAGCUUUACAUGGUUUACGCAGAGCAGCAUGCAGCAAAACAGGUGCAAGUUCGUAGUAACGUCGAUCAACAAACCAGAGGCAAUAACGGUCACCUGUCUGGACCUCUUGGCCAUGGAGUAGUCCUUACAAGCAUUCUGUCUAUUAUCAUCAGUUCAUUUCUAUGAAGACAUUACUGACUUUCUGAAAGAGGUUGCAGGAGAAGUCACAAAGUCAAAAAUAGGAAAAUCUGACGUAAGGUUUGGACUCUCAGCUGGAAACAAAUCAUUGUUAACACCCAUUACAUUUUAUUCCAGAAAUUCCUCUUGGAUGUUUUUGAAAACUUCAGACAGUAAUGCACUGUUAAAAGACUACUUGAACAUUUAGCAGACGCACUAACAAUAAGAGACUAUCUCAGUAAGACUAACUAGUAGUAUCGUUGCUCACAAUGACUAACAUGAAUAGUUCCUCCUAGUCAUUUGAAAUUGCAACUUAAGGUACUGAAUAAUUUGGCAUUGGCCAUGUUAAAUCCAUUUCAAAGUUUGUAUGGUAUCCACUAUUCAGUUUUUCAUAUUUUAACACUGCCAGUGACCAUCUCGCAUGUUGUUUCAUGACAUCUCUACACGACAUAUCGCACGAGUACUCUAAUAUCCCAAAAAACAUGCAUGACUUGGUUUUAACUCUUGUUGUUCGACUGGCAAAACUACUUUAAACAACCAACCAUAUUUUUUGUGUUUUUAUGUGCACUUCUUGUUUAGUAUUUAACUUGAAAAGUUUUUAGUAUUUUUUAUUGUUUGAACUGUUCUACUGACAUAAUUAUUCCUCUUUAAUUGUUCUUAUAAAAUAAUUUAAUUGGUUUUCGUAGCUUUCCACUGUUGGUUUUGUUAUAUAACUUCACUUGUGUGUACAUAUCAGUUCGUUCUCAACAGUACUACGUACGAUAUUAUGGCUGUUACUCACAGGUUAAAUGUAGUUUGGCACUAAAACCCUGUACAGACAGAUUGUUUUGUUAUGCGGUACAUUGGAUAUCAAGCGGCUCUGGGAUAAUGCACCAGUUUUAUUUGAAUGUAAACCUUUUUUAAUAGUUUGUUUACUAUGGUUUCAUUGAACAAUACUGCUAACACUUAAGAGUUUAUAUUAGGUUGUCAAAGAAGUUGAGCACUUUGCUAUAUCAUUCUUCUUAUAUUAAAGGACUUUGGCAUUCAAUGAAACAAACAGCAGACUAUAAUACUCUUAAGGUCGUAUUACCGAAGACCCAUAUGUGAUGUUAAUGUGAUGCUUUGACAUGUCUUGAAUGUUGAAAUUGUUUGUACUGUUACUGUACCAUAACUCAAGAGUAAAAUAAUGAUUAGCACCUUA